CAAAUUUAUUUUGAAGUACAUAUAAAAAGAAAAAAAAAAAAGCUGUAAAUAUUGCAAAAUUUUUAAUAUAUUAUAUCAAUAUAAUAUGUCUUUAAUAUUGGAAGAUAAAACAGAAAAUGAAGUUAUGUCCAGUGAAACAGAAUUUGUACAGGACUAUUAUUCUUAUGCUUCAAAUGAAAAAUAUCUCUCUUCUAGUGACUCAACGAUAACAAGAGAAUCUUGCAUUUUUAAACCAUUUAAAUGUUCCUGUUAUGAACAUUUGGAAUCAAGAAAACUCACGUGCAAUAAAGUAUUAGCACUCAUUUGGGCACUAACCAGUGUUUUAAAAUACUGUCCAGUAGAUCCAAUAUAUUAUAUAUCGUAUCAACUAUUACAUUGGAGAUAUAAUAAUGUUCCAAAAAAAUAUAUAAAAGAUAUUGUAGAUUAUAUGAAUUCGCAAUUAUAAUAAUAAAAAUUGAUUUUUCUUAAAAAUUUCAUUUAUUUGACAAUUAUACUUGUACAUUCGUUACAAAUUUAUUAGAACAAGUUUGUUUUAGUGCAAAAUCUGCAUAAGAGUAUUACAUAGAACGAAAUGGAAUGAUUAAAUACCGGACGUGUCACAAUAAAAAAAUGAAAUGUUUUAACACAUUUUGGCAGUGUUCUUUACAAUUUGUCUUAUAAAAUUUAAAGUAAGUUGUAUAGGUUUAUAUUCAUUUUGUAUAUACAAUAAACAAAAUGAAUGUAGUAAAAUCAAUACUCUAUUUCAUUUUCAAAU